AUGGGCCACCGUGGGCCAUGGCUGCACGCUUCUCUCCUCUGGGCUGCCAUGGUCAGCCUGCUCUUCCCCCCGGCCAUGACCCAGCAGCUGAGAGGGGCCGGGCCGGGCCCCAGCAACUGGAACAACAAUGCGGGAGUCGUGGGGCCCUCAGAGGAUGUGCCAGAUGAGUUUGGCGACCCCAGGCACAGCCACCGAGGCCACAGAGAUGAGAAUGAGGAUGUCUCCAGGGAAUACAGUCAUGGGCUCCGAGACCACAGGUACCAAGACCACGAGGUCAGAGAAGAGAAUAUCCCUGAUGAAGAGGUCUUCACAGAGCAUGCUCGGCAGGCCUGUGGGUCCAGAGGCCAUGGGAACGAAGAUGUGGAUGAUUCAGAUGAGCACGGGCACCACUUCCCCAGCCACAGAAGCCACAGCCAUCAGGACAAGGAUGAGGAUGAAGUUGAGUCCAGCAAGUAUCGCCAUCAUAGCAUCAGGCAUGUGCCUGGAGGCCACAGAGAAGAGGACGAUGAAGAUGAAGAGGAAGGGGUGGUCUCCACUGAGUAUGGACACCACGCCCACAGGCAUCGAGGCCACGGAAGGGAAGAGGAUGAAGAUGGCUCAGAUGAAUAUCCCCAUCAUGUCCCCAGCCACGGACACCGAGGCCACGGAGAAGAAGAAGAAGAAGAAGGUGAUGAUGAUGAUGAUGAUGAUGAUGAUGUUGUCUCCACUGAGUAUGGACACCACGCCCACAGGCACCAAGGCCACGGGAAAGAAGAGGAUGAGGACAUCUCAGAUGAACACCAUCAUCAUAGCCCCAAUCCUGAACACCGAGGCCACAGAGAAGAUGAGGAAGAGGAUAUGUCCACUGAGUCUGGACACCAGGUCCACAGGCACCAAGGCCACAGGAGGGAAGAGGAUGAAGAUGUAUCAGAUGAACACCAUCAUCAUACCCCCAGUCACGGACACCUAGGUUAUGGAGACGAAGAAGAUGAGGAUGAGGAUGUGUCCACUGAACACUGGCACCAGAUUCCCAGACAUACUCACAGCCUUGGAGAUGAGGACGAAGAGGAAGAGGAGAUCACAGUCAAGUUCAGCCACCAUGUUGCAAGCUCCCAACACCCAGGCCCCAAGAGCACUGAGGAGGAGGACUUUCCAGAUGAAUAUAAGUCAGCAGUCCCUGACCAUCACCACUACGGAGGCCCCAAGGAUGAAGAUGAGGACAUCUCUGACAAGCUUGGCCACCAGGCUCCCAGCCACAGGCAACAAGGCCACCAAGAUGAAGGGACUGGCCACAGAGGGUCCCUGGAAGAUGAGAUCAGCCACCAGCCUCCAGAACACAUGGAGGUCAAGGAUAGAAGCCAUUUGAGGGAGAGAGAUUCUGAGGAGGAAGAGGAGAAGGAGGUGGACCAGAGUUCCCAGGAAGAAGACGAUGAAAGUUCAGAACGGGGAGAAGAAGGCACCCGCCAUGGCAGCCUGGACCGGAAGGAUGAAGACGAUGACGAGGAAGGUCACGGCCUCAGCGUGAGCCACGAGGAGGAGGAGGGAGAAGAAGAGGAAGAGAAGAGGGAAGGGAGGGCUGAGGUUCACGCGCCACUGAGCCAAGACCACCAGGAGGGGGAAGAGGAGGAGGAGGAGGAGGAGGGGCUGGAGGAAGAGGAGCUCCCCUUCACCAUCAUCCCUAACCCACUGGCCAGGAGGGAGGUGGCUGGAGGUGGCUCCAGUGAGGAGCAGAGUGGCGAGGACACGGAUCUGCAGGGUGCCCGGGAGUACGGGAACUACCAGCCUGGGUCCCUGUGUGGCUACUGCUCUUUCUGCAAUAGAUGCACUGAAUGUGAGAACUGUCACUGCGACGAGGAUAACAUGGGGGAGCACUGCGACCAGUGCCAGCACUGCCAGUUCUGCUACCUCUGCCCGCUGGUCUGCGAAACUGUCUGCACUCCAGGAAGCUACAUGGACUAUUUCUCCUCCUCCCUGUACCAAGCCCUGGCGGACAUGCUGGAAACUCCGGAACCCUGA